AUGCAGAUCAAAGCUGAGGCGGUAUUGGGCUACUACAGCUAUGGAGACAUUGCAUUGGAUGAUUUCAGCCCUGAGAGCGAUACGUGCGAUUAUAUGCCUUUGGCUGCCAAUCCUAUCAAUCAAGAUACUGUUACUUGUGACUUUGACUCUAACUGGUGUGGAUGGAGGAACAUGCCAGAUGAUAAUCUUGACUGGUACAGACAAAACUUUCGGACCCCGACAACUGAUACAGGGCCUGAUUAUGAUCAUACCCAAAAUUCACAGCUUGGUUUUUUCCUGUAUUUCGAGGCGUCACCUGGAUCUCAGGGGUACAAUGCAAAGCUACAGUCUGUACCUAUCACUACUACACCUAACGGAGCAUGCUUUAAAUUCUGGCUUCACAUGUAUGGACAAUCGAUGGGCGAAUUGGAGGUCUCAUCUGUUGGCAUCGAUGGAAAUCAACAAGAAUCUUUGUGGAAGCAAUCUGGAACACUCCAAAAUAAAUGGGUUUACAGACAAAUAAAUAUUGUGGCUGACUAUCAUUAUCAGAUCAUCUUCAAUGCAGUUCGUGGAGUUUCCUACUGGGGUGAUAUUGCCAUAGAUGAUAUUUUCCUCGACCUAACUUCAAGCUGUCCAGUGUUGAAGGAAUGUAGCUUCGAGACGGACUUCUGUGGUUGGUCUCAAGAGAAGAUUCAAGAUGAUUUUGAUUGGUCUCGGAGUCGUGGCAAAGAUCACACGGACAUCCCAGUUGAUAAUACUGUUGGGGUAGAUACGGGUUACUACGCCUGGGUGGAUACAACUACCAACCCAGUGGAUGGACAAAGCGCUAUUCUUUUUAGCCCUACAUACACACUCACAUCGAUACCACAUUGCGUUCGAUUUUACUUUUACCACGACGGGGUCGGCGCACUCACCAUCCACUCCCGCGAGUCUGGCAGAUACUCUGAUCCGCUCUGGGAAGCGCCCCCUAUCGGCUACAAGGGGUGGAGGUUUGGAAGUAGUAGUGUGACAGACAAACAUAGUUUUGAGGCUGCUUUUAAAGGGACUGUCGGUUCUACCCCAGGAUCCCUGAUGGCUAUUGAUGACGUCAGAAUCGACGUAGGAGGAUGCCCAUCACCCGGCUACUGUACGUUUGAAGAGCCUAUCUGUGAUUGGUUCAAUGUAAAUGAAAUAGAUAAGAUUGAUUGGGUUCUGAUCAGCGGUCGGACAUCUAGCGGGGGGACGGGCCCGACGAACGAUCACACAACCGGAAACGUUUUAGGUCAUUAUUUGUACAUUGAGGCGUCGAAUUCGCAAGACAAAUAUAAUGCUAUUCUUCAAUCUGUUGACUUCUCACCGAGAAUCGAAGGCUGCUUCUCAUUCUAUUAUCACAUGUAUGGAUUAGAAAUUGGAACGCUUAACGUACACCUGCAGGAACUUCAGACCGGUGCAGAAAGCAAGACUAUCUGGACUAAAACGGGAGAACAGGGGAACGCCUGGUUUCUAGCUGAGAUUGAUGUAUCUGUCGGUGUAUAUCAUCUCAUUCAGCUUGAAGGCAUUGAUAGUGUUGGUUAUAGAGGGGAUAUAGCAUUAGAUGAUAUUAAAUACACCGAGCACAACUGCAAAUAUGUCCCACCUCCUACCCCUACCCCGACCAAAGCCGUUACCUCUGCACCCCUCCAAUGGGAUUGUAGCUUCGAGGGAGGAACACUCUGCUCGUGGACGCAGGGAAAGAACGAUGAUUUUGAUUGGUCCAUUCAAACUGGGAGUACACCAACGGUUGGGACAGGUCCCCCUGCGGACCACACGACUCAAACUAAGCAAGGUUUCUAUAUUGUGAUUGAUGCAAGCUCUACCAAUAGCAAUGAUGCUGCCCGUAUCUAUAGCAACGCUCUCCAGGCUGGUACCCCAAUGUGUAUGACUUUCUGGUUUCACAUGUAUGGCGCUCAUGUUGGUCAACUCAAUGUCGGAUAUGGAAACACAGAUGGCAAUACAGAAGGCUCAGUUGUGUGGACUAAAUCAGGCGACCAAGGGUAUAACUGGAUGGUUGGACACGUGGCCCUCUUUACCGACAUUAACAACCCUAAGAUUUACCUAGAAGGCACAGCUGGAGACGGUUACCAAGGUGAUAUCGCUGUGGAUGACAUUAAGUUCAACUAUGGUGACUGUCCUGCCUUAUUAUUCUGUGACUUCCAGGCUGACGAUGCAUGUGGGUAUGCUAAUGAUGACACAGAUGAGCUUGACUGGGUCAGAGACCGUGGAAUGUCAUCACCUAAAUCACUGCCUCAAAAUGAUCAUACAUCCGGCACUCAAGAUGGAUUCUACAUGCGAAUCAUGACAGACCAGCUUUCAGAAGUUGACAAUAGUGGAACCUUGCUGUCAUCCAUAUAUCCCAAUCCUCUGAGCGGCUUCAGGUGCACCGAGUUCUGGUACAUGAUUAGCGAUGACUUUGGAGAGCUGACUGUAGAAGCCUACCAAAUAGAUGCCUUAGGGGCUAUCCUACCAACCGGAGUAUCAACAUCUUUUAAGGAGCCAACAAGUGGUCUUUGGCGGAAAGCUUCAAUAGAAGUGCCAUCCAGCAAUGACAAUGUGUUUACAUUCAAACUGGUUAUUAAGAAGGCUCUCCCAGGUGUCUAUGCUGCUCUUGAUGAUAUCUAUGUCAAAGAUCAACGGUGUACUGGUCAACUAGGAUCAUGUGACUUUGAAAUCGAUACCUGUGAUUGGACGAACACUCAGAAUGCUGAUGAGAUUGAUUGGCUACGACACAGUGGUUCUACAGGUAACCAGGACACGGGACCUCAGUUUGAUCACACGACAGGCUCCCUCUCUGGUUGGUAUAUGUACAUUGAUUCUGCUCUAGGUUCCCAUGGGACCAGAGCUAGACUGGAGUCUUCCAGCAUAGAUCCUCAAGAGGACUUUGUCUGCUUCAGCCUCUGGUAUCAUAUGAAAUGCCCCAGCAGCAAUAACAAGCUAACAGUUGCCUGGGAAACCGCAUAUCAGACGAACAUAAUCUGGUCUUUCACUGGCGAGGCUGAUGGUUGGAACUUAAGACUACUCACAUUCAGUGUUGGAAAGCAGUAUAGAAUGAUGAUAGAGGGAGUGCAUGGAGAUGCGGCUGCAUGUGACAUUGCCAUUGAUGACCUGUAUCUAUUUAAUGGUGCUUGUAGUGCUGAUACCACCCCUCCACCACCAUUCACCUGCCUAACAGGAGAUGAGAAGGUGGAUGCGAGUAAGGUCUGUGACAUGAGAAUGGAUUGUACCGAUGGGUCUGAUGAAACCAAUUGCGGCACCUGCUUCUUUGACGAUGACCAGUGCGGAUACACCAGCAACCUCACAGGGCUGUUGCCAUGGAUACGCCAGGGAGCCGGUGUUCCAGCCACCCCUCCUCCCAAUCUUCCCCUACCGCCUUUAGCUCCCAAUUCUACCUUCAUGGUGGUAGACAGGACGGCAGACCAGGUCGCCGGAGCGGACUAUCCUCGAUUGGUGAGCCCUUGGAUACAGGAGACAGGUUCUAGCUGCUUUGUUCGCUUUUGGUAUUACCUCGAUGGUGCAGAUGAUAUCAUUGUGACCUACAAGACAUCACCAGCAGAAGAGACCGUCAUGUAUAGAGCUGCUAUUCCAAUGUCUGGUAACUGGGAACAAGCGAUCUUUACUGUUCAGAGAAUAAGAAGACCAUUCCAAAUGAAUUUCCUUGGAAUGCUUGACUAUGCUUCUGAUAGAGGUGUCAUAGCCGUCAGUUCCGUUGAGAUGAUCAUGUGUGGAUUCCCAGAACCAAAGACGUCCUGUGAUGAGGGACAGUUUAGAUGUUCCAAUAGAGCCUGUAUCAGCAUGAAUCUGGUUUGUGACUACUCUGAUGACUGUGGUGACUAUUCAGAUGAGCUCCAAUGUGACCCUGACACGUACUCAGGCCGAUGUAACUUUGAAUCUGGUAUGUGCUCAUACACAAACAUCCCUGCUGACUACAACUGGGUGAGGACAUCAGGAGCUCUUGACAUGGGAGUGAAGUAUGCCCCUACACGUGACCACACCCUUAAUGAAGUUGGGGGUUAUUACAUGCUUGCUGAUGCUAAAGGUACAGGAACAGGAGAUGUUGCCAGGAUCGCAUCGCCAAUCUUCCGACCAACUGGUCAGACCUCUACAUGUAUGAUAUCAAUGUUCAUCUUCCAACAUGGCCCUGAUAUUGGUACCCUCAAUGUUUACACAAGGACAUCAGUCGGAGGUCCUCUUACUCUCCUUAUUAGUCUGACCAACUUUGAUGUGGAUAGCUUUGCUCGUUACAAUCGGAUCAUAUCAGUACAGGACACAUUCCAGGUGAUAAUAGAGGCAGUCACUGGUAAGGGACCAGAUGGAGUCAUUGCGAUCGACGACAUCUCGUUCUCGAACUGUGACCUCUCAAACGACGCACUUCCCCCAGGCACCACACUUGCUCCGCCAACCACCCCUAUCCCCUGUCCUAUACCCUCUGAUUAUCAAUGCGGUGAUGGUCAGUGUAUCCCCCAGGAUCAAGUCUGUGAUUUCAUCGUACAGUGUAGCAAUGGACGAGAUGAGCAAAACUGUGGUGCAUGUGAGUUUGAUGAUUAUGGAUACUGUGGAUCGCUUGUGUUAAGCUGGAUACCUAUGAAGGCUGGGAAUGACCCAGACACACUUCCUACUGAUCACAAUAAUAAUUUGACAGCCCCAGGAUUCUACCUCCAUGGUCAUUUUGGUCUAAACAGCUUGACCACUGCUCCUAUUGGACCAACUGGUGCUUUGUGUCAUGUCCAGUUUUAUUACUACAUGACCUCCAAUCAACCUUUCACUAUCUUCAUCAAGAAUGGGCCUCAGAUAUACGGAACAAAUGGAAAGGAAUCCUUAGGAACAUGGGUGUUGGGAACAGCCUUUAUUGGAAUGUUCCAGGAGAAGGUUCAGAUCACAUUUGAGCAUCUCAAUCUGGAUAAUCCAGAUAACCCUGACUUUACAGCUCUGACCGUGGGCUUGGAUGGCAUCAGCUUUUUCAGUUGCCUUGGUGAUUCGAAUGUAUCACCAGAUAUCAGCUGUACGUUUGAAGAUGGUAUGUGUGGGUAUAUUCAAGGGAAGAGCCCAGAUGAGGAUGAUUUUGAUUGGCUGAGAGGAACCGGAGAGACCUCAUCGGAUACAACCGGACCAAGGUUUGAUCAUACUACCGGCUCAGGGUAUUACAUGUACAUUGAGGCAGACGGACAAGCCGAUGGCGACAAAGCGAUUCUAAAAUCUCAUCUUCAGCGGCCAACCGGUGACGAUGGGGUUUGCCUGACGUGGUACUAUCACAUGUAUGGACCGGAUGUUGAUAAGUUUAAUGUCUACAUUCAGCAAGAUGGGACGAUGAUACCAAUCUUCAAACGUCAAGGGACGCAAGGAAACCAGUGGAUGUAUGAACAAUGGACUGUCAUCUCACAGACCUCUUGGGCAGUUGUUUUUGAAGCCUUCAAAGGAUUGGAUGAUGCAGGUGACAUUGCUAUUGAUGAUAUCAUAGUAAUAGAUGGAACCUGUUCACCACAAAGAACAUGUGACUUUGAGGUUGGCUUCUGUUCAUGGAGUCAAGACUCUAAGGAUGAUUUUGAUUGGUCGAUCGGUAACAAUGGAUCCAGCAUAGAAGGCACAGGACCACCGGUAGACCAUACUAUGGGAACAGAUUUAGGAAUGUUUGCCUAUGUGAAGACAACCAAGCCUCCUAGAGCUAAUGGUGAAGUAGCCCAGAUAUUCAGCCCUGUCUACCCCGCUGCAGUUAGUGAAUGCCUCACCUUCUGGUUCCAUCUCUACGGGGUAGCUAUUGGAAAGUUAGAGGUUCUCGUCUAUGAUACCGUGUCUAAACAAUCGUCCAGUGUUUGGACUGAAUUCAGUCACAGUGAGAUGGGAUGGCACUAUGGACGUGCCUCUCUCACAGCCAACCACCCAUAUCAGAUUGUCAUCAAGGCUACAUUAGGUGACGGUGACAAUGGUGAUAUUGCCGUUGAUGAUCUCACCGUUCUGGAUGAAGCUUGUUCAAGGCCUGGUUUCUGUGAUUUUGAGAAUGGUAGAUGUGGAUGGAGUAAUGAAAAGGAGAAAGACCAAAAAGAUUGGUUACGCAAUAACGGCGCUACCUCAUCACCUUUCACUGGUCCAUCAUUUGAUCACACAACAGGAACUGACCAAGGAAUGUACAUGUAUUUUGAGGCUGAUAGUGAUCAAGCCAAUGUGAAGGCUGAUCUUGUGAGUGAAUUUCUUCCAAAAACUCAGGGAUCCUGUAUGACCUUCUGGUAUCACAUGUUUGGCGAUGAUAAAGUACUGAGAUUAGAUAGUGUUCAUCAUACCACGCCAGAUAUUAGGAAGAGGUUUGCCUAA